AAGAGGGUAAAACACUGAAGAGAUCCACGGAGGUCCUACCAGAGGGACUCAUCAUCAUAGCAAUGUCUGGCUUGAUCAGAGUAACUGUGCUGGUGUCUGUGCUGCUCAUGCAGCUGGAUGGCUUGUAUGGGAACUGGCAUGGCCAUGAAGAGUCAGAGUGUGGUGGCUCUAAUGGCUGUGGUGGGUGUGGAGGCUGUGGUGGUUGUGGCUGUUGCAGCUGCUGUGGCGGGGGCUGUACUAGGCCAGGUGCCCCUGGUCCCCCUGGGGAUAUCGGCAACCCUGGUAAACCAGGACAUCCAGGAGGGUCCGGCAGGCCAGGUGGGCCCGGUCCCAAGGGCUUGACUGGCCCCCUGGGUCCUCAGGGAGUCCCUGGUGAUGGGGGCAUGAAGGGGGACAUGGGCAGACCUGGGCCCAUGGGCCCGAAGGGGGACUGCACCAGGACAGAGUUCCAUUAACUCUCCUGGUGGUGCCUUCCACACUCACACACAAGAUACCGCCAUGAUGCGCCAAACACGACUGAAGAUAACACUGUUGAACCAACACUUAACCUUCCACCGGUCAACCUUGAUGGAAAUCAGAUGUGUUUUUUGUGUGAUGUAAAUAAAUGAAAAUUUAAACAAUAAAAAAAAUCUUCAAAAG